AUGGAGAUGGAGGUCAGCGGCGCGCUAUCAUCGUCCGUGCUGUACGCGGCCAUCUCCCUGCCGUGCGCGCUCCUGCUGCUGGUGGUGGGCGAGGCGGGCCUCCGCGUGGCGUCGCUCGCGCUCCGCGGGGAGAUGAAGGCCUGGUGGCCCACGCGCGCCGCGAUGCUCGGCUACCGCGUCGCGCGCCCCGGCAUCGACGGCCUUAGCGCGGCGUACCCCUCCGUGUUCCCCGACGACGACGAGCCGCCGCCGCUGCCGGCCGAGUACUGCGACCGCCUCGCCGUCGCCGUGUACCGCCGCGGCGAAGGGAAGGGGCAGGGGCAGCAGGCGCAGGACCCGGACUGCGCCUUCUGCCUCUCGGUGGUCCGCAACGGCGAGGAGGUGCGCGAGCUGCGGUGCCGCCACGUCUUCCACCGCACCUGCCUCGACGCCUGGCUCGUCCGCCCGCGCGCCACCUGCCCGCUCUGCCGCGACCGCCUCCUCCCCGACGAGAGCGACUACGACCACCUCUCCUCGUCGUCGGCCUCCGCCUCCGCCAACGCCUACGCCCACGGCGGCGCUAUCUGGCACAUGACGUGA